AGACAGAAGAGGCCGCUCGCUCGCUCGCUCGCUCUAUUUUUCUCUCUCUCGUUUCUUCUCCAAAUAUCCGACGCUUGUCGCGAGUCCGCCUGAUUUUCCCCCGUUCCGGAAUCGAUUUCGUGCAGGGAGCUCUUGGAAUUAGGACUGCUCUGCACAUUGAGGUUUGUGGAUAAAGGAAAAAGUGUUUACUUGGGGCAGAAUGAUAGGAAAAAAGGUGGUAUUAACAUACAAACGUAAGCGCUUCUCGUCCCAGUCUUGUCAUGGUAAUGGAAUUACAGCUGAUUCAUAUUCAAGGUCUUCAAGUGGUGUACCUUUAGAGAUAUCAAGCCAAGAAGCUGAAUCUGGCACUGACAAUGAGAAGCUGAAUGAAUACAAUGCGUGUUGUUCUAGAUGUGGUUCUGUUGAUGUCAAUGAGAACCUGCUGGGCUGUUUUAGAUGCUUUAGGAGUUAUCAUCUGCGAUGCAUCGACCCCCUUUCAAAGCAUAUUCCUCAGGAAAAAUGGCAAUGCUCAACUUGUAUUCAUGAAUUUGAAGAGUCUAUCCAGCACCAAGUUCAAGAGACUAAUAAGACAAAGAAAAAUAAAAGCAUUGAAGAGUCUGAGAUCAGGAAAAUUAAUCUUCAAUCACAUAAAAUGUUGUUAAGUACAAGACCAUCUGGGGACAGCUCUACAAAGACAAGUUCCUCUGCAAAUGAUGCACCUCUUAACAAGCUAAAAAAUAUUACCUGGACAGAUGAUUCAUAUACUGAUUCUGAUUCAGCAUGCAAAGUCACAUACAUUGAAGGGAAUUCAAGGUCUAAAGAUAUGAACUUGGGGAUCGUAGGAAGAUUGAGUUCCAUAUGUUUGGGUUCAUUGACUGAAGGGAAAAAUAGUUCUGGAUUCACAGAGGGUUGUGUUUCUGAUUUGCUGAAUUCAGAUAAAAGAAGCAAUGUUAUAUGCAAUGAUAAACAUCUAAAAGAGAAUUGCAGCACUCCCUUGAUUACCUUUUCUAGGAGAGCUAAGAAAAAGCAAGAUGUGGGUGAGAAAUUUAUGGGAAGGAAUUUAAGGGCUGAAGAGAUACAGUGUUCAACUGGCCCCUGGAGCAAUUCUGAAAUAGGACCUAGUUGUAGAUGUGAAGGAUCAACUCAAAAUUGCAGCUUCAUGGAUCAUUCAACUAAAGUUGUUUUACCAGAACAAGCAGACUGUUGCCCAUUGCAUGAGGUUCAACAAGCCAUGAUGGAUGAUGUCGGAAAAGAUGCUGUAGCUGAACCUGCUCCUGAAGGAAGCGUGGAAACAAAAAGUGCUGGGGAGACUGGUGAGAAAUUAUCUCUUCAAUGUUCUGAUAUUCCAGAGAAACCAAAUUUGGGUCAUCAGGAUCCAUUGCCUUCCCAACCUGCAGGACAUGUUCCUGAGGAUCCAUCAGAAAAACUUGCAGCUGCACAUACAACUGGUGUCAUCAGAGACUCCAUUUUAGUGCAUGAAUCUGGAGGAUCAAGCUCAUCGGGAAAUAUGUUAGUUAAUGCUAUAAAGAGCUCUGAGAAAGCAAUCACAUUACAUGGUGUUUCAAAGGACAGGAGUCACCUGAGAAAUUUGGAAUUUUCUGUUGCCCUUCCUGCAUCUACUAGUCUAACCAAAAUAGAAUCAAGUAAAUCAGCAUCGAAUGUCAUGCCUGAGAAUCUUUUGAAGUCUCAAAGUUUAUCAACUCGAAGUUGUGGCAUUGUUAUGGCAGAUAAGGAAACUGAUGGAAAAGUUGAUGAACUUCAAUGGCUUGAAACACUUUCAAAAGAACUGCAGGAUACAAAGAAAGGAAAAAAUAAAUGCUCAUCUGUGGAGCAAAGUGUUAUCAACUGCAAACAAGCAUCCAAUGGAAGUGCUUCCCCUAUGUUACCAGUUAGUUCAUCUGUGCAGAGUCAACGAGAUCAGGAUACAUCAAGGGAGUUUAGGAAUCAGACAAUUGGAUCACAGGGAAGAGCAUUUCUGACAAAAUCAAUUGAGACUGACUAUGAAAAGCAAAAACAUGGAGAGACAACAGAUAAGUCUUCUUUUCCUACUGGUUUUCUAGGUCUGCCGUUGAAUACGGAGGGACCAGAUGUCUCUGUUAAGGAUUUUCAGAGCACACAUUCAACAUUGAAUUUUAGUAUUAAAGAUGCUGUUCAUGAACUCAACAAGCGACUUCCAUGGCCUAGCAUUAAUGAGAAUACUUGUGUAUCAAAGCAACAACAAAUGGUUGACAAUGCUAUAAGUGGUUCACAGAUGUUAGAAGAUAGGCAAGCCUCUCUGUUAGAUAAGUUUAAGAGCAACGCAGAUGAAUGGUCAGAAGAAGAACUAGAUUUUCUCUGGAUUGGUGUGAGAAGAUAUGGGGUUAACAACUGGAAUGCAAUGUUAAGGGAUCCAAAACUUUGCUUCAUGAACUCAAGAGUCGCAGAGGACCUAGCUGAGAGAUGGAAUUUAGAACAAAGUAAGCUUCUGAAUGGCACACUACUCCAGCCAGGAAGACCCUCUGAACCAGAUAUUUCGUUGCUGCCUUUCAUGAAUGAUUCUUGGUUAGCAAAACCAAUACCAAGUAACCACUAUGGUGGGAAUGGUACCUGGUCAGCACGUUCAGAAUUCCCUGUGCUCACAGCUGAGCCUAAACUUUCUCUAGGAGGUAUAUAUCUUCAGAAUGAGAACACCCUCAAGAGAAAUCCGCUUCAUUCAUUAGGCCUAGGUACAGUUAAUCCUCUGACAAGUGCAAGUCUGUUCACAGGUUCCAUCAGCGGCAGCUUCCCAGUAGGUUCUUCUUACCCAGGCUCAGGGAUAAGUCACCAGAAGACUUUCAACGCUCACAACACAAGGUAUGACUGUGAAUCAUCUUCUUCACGCCAAAAGUCAGUUGAAAUUUUGUCUCAGGAUCACCAAACAACUAGUCUGCCAGCAGGCAGUAACCUCCCCCAUUGGCUCAGGGAUGUGGUGAUCCCGCAAACAAAGCCAAGCAAUUCAACAUUGCCUCCUGUUUCCCUUGCACAUUCUGCAAUCAUGCUUAUUAAUGACCCAAGGGUAGAUCCACCUGCUCCCCCUAAAGAUUCUCGGGGACGGGGAAUUCUCAAGAGAAAGAACGUCACAUCUAGUAAUCAUGCCAGCAGUGUGAGGGUGUCGGACAAUCCAGUAUCUAUGAAUGAGCAUCAGAUGGGAAAACAACCAGCUGUUCUUCCAACCCUGGGUGUGAAAUCUCAGACGCCAACUUUAGUUAAUACAAGUUCCAGUCUGAAUGGUGUAACCAAUUUGAAUAAGAAAAGUUCAUGUCCUGCUGGACCAAGUAACUUGGUUGUUAUUGAUAGUGAUGCAUCUUCUGAGGAGACGAUAUCGGACAGCUAGUGCUGUAAGGAAUGGCUUUGCAGCAUCUAUUUGAUAAUUUGCAAGAAAAUGGAUUGAGUGCCGGCAUUUGCAUGAGGUAGGAUAUGCUUGCAGUGGAGCUCAUUAUUGAACUUUAGAACAAUUCAAUGCGGUGGUUGGUGCAGUAUAGAAAUGGCCCUACUUAUUUGUAUGUUUAAUAUUUUGCAGUUUAUCAGUCAACUUCUUGAUAAAUGCAACAACAUUAUGAUAGCUGUCAAAUUCUUCCUCAUGCAUAAGCCGUAAGUCCUCUGUGCAAUACAACAACCAUAAGGACCAAUUCUAUGGACCUAAGCUAAUCUAAUUAAGCUGAACUUUAAACAUCUUGCCAUUCGCCUGUACCUCUCUUGAUUAGGCCAAGCCCAUCCAAAACACAAUAAAGUUCACCCACAAACAUGACCUAAUUGGCCCUAAUCCCGUAACCAGAACCCAUAACUGACACCUCUUGUUAGUAGUUCAUUUUUUGCGAUCUAUGCUUAUGCUCAUGUCCACAACCCCAUAUCCUUGCUAUUGCACCUGAGCUUAACCUAUAAGCCAUCCAAACGCUAAACUAAACCCAACUUUACUAGACAAAAGCUGACCCGGCACCACUAGGC